GUUUAGAGACUAUGUGAAACCGGAAAUGGCUAGAAAUUAAAAUUUGGUCCUCAAAUUUCGUGAAAUUUCUUGUUAGUUCCUCAAUAUGAACCAAGGAUAGUUGAACUACAACAUGACCAGCUUUACCAGCUCUCAUUCUAUGCAGUAUUAAUGUUAUGGAUAGGUUAACACCCACGUCUCCAUUGACCCCCACAAGUCCAAGGUCAGGUAGCAGCAGCAAGUCCACUCCAACAAGGAGAUACGUACUAGGCAGUGGAAGUCCUAAAGAAGGUGCAUCCUCACACAAUCCACCAUUUACCAAGUCAAAAUCAAAAGACAGCACGAGUUCGGGAUCUGGCAAGCGAGCCAAGGGAAAGUUCAAGCCACUAUAUUUCUGGUUAGCGGCAGAUGUCAAUAAGUGGAUGAAAAAACAUACUGGACCAUAUCACGAGCUUUACGGCAACUUAUUUUUGGACAACGGUAUAACAGGUCGGGUGCUAAUCAGGUUAAACGAUAAUAAACUCCAGCGUAUGGGAAUAACAGAUCCAUCACAUAGGGAGGAAUUAUUAAGACACGUGCUGAGGUUAAAGCUGAAGAGUGAAAUGCAAGAAUUGAAGGAGCUCAACAAGAAAAUAACUGAUCUUGAAACCUUCAGCAGUAGAAAAUAA